AUGAACGCCCCGAUGUACACUUUUGUCUCCCGUGACGACAACAGCACCGUUUAUGCCGAAGUUUCCAAAAUCCUGCUGUCAACCGGAAAAUGGAAAAGACUGAAAAGAGACAAUCCAAGAUUUAACUUAAUGCUCGGUGAAAGGAACAGACUGCCCUUCGGACGCCUAGGUCAUGAACCAGGAUUGGUGCAGCUAGUGAAUUACUACAGAGGUGCAGACAAGCUUUGCAGAAAGGCCUCCUUGGUCAAGUUAAUAAAGACAAGCCCAGAGCUGUCUGACUCCAGUAACUGGUUCCCAGAAUCCUACAUAAUCUAUCCCACUAAUCUCAACACCCCUGUGGCUCCAGCCACUAAUGGCAUCAGCCAUCUAAAGAACAAUCCCAAAACUGAUGAGCGGGAAGUUUUCCUUGCUUCCUAUCACGCUAAAAAAGAAAAUGGGGACGGAACCGUGUGGAUAGCCAAGUCUUCUGCUGGAGCUAAAGGUGCUGGUAUUUUGAUUUCACAUGAUGCAAAUCAGCUGCUGGAGUACAUUGACAAUCAGGGUCAGGUUCAUGUUAUUCAGAAGUACCUGGAGAAACCUUUACUUCUGGAGCCAGGACAUCGGAAGUUUGACAUAAGGAGUUGGGUGUUAGUGGACCAUCAGUACAACAUCUAUUUAUAUCGGGAAGGUGUCCUGCGUACCUCCUCUGAACCCUACAACAGCUCGGACCUCCAGGAUAUGACCAGCCACCUGACCAACCACUGCAUCCAAAAGGAGCACUCCCACAACUACGGACGGUAUGAGGAGGGCAACGAGAUGUUCUUUGACGAGUUUCGUCUGUACCUGCUCAACGUCCACAGCGUCACCCUGGAGACCAGCAUACUACCGCAGAUCAAGCAAAUCAUAAAGAGCUGUCUGACGUGCAUUGAGCCAGCAAUCAGCACCAAGCACCUGUCCUACCAGAGCUUUCAGCUCUUUGGAUUUGACUUCAUGGUGGACGAAAAUUUCAAAGUGUGGCUAAUCGAGAUCAAUGGAGCUCCAGCCUGUGCACAGAAGCUUUACCCAGAAUUAUGCCAAGGUAUCGUGGACGUGGCCAUUUCCACUGUCUUCACUGGCACUGACUGCUCCUCUGUUUCCUCUUCACCUUAUUCAUCUUCUCCAUCCUCUACUUUUUCCACCAACUGCUGCUCCUCUCCCAAACUCAGAGGACCUCUUCAUGUGGGCCCUUUCACUCGGCUGUAAGCGCUGUCGCACACACUUUGUUGCUCAAGCUCUCUCCUUACUUCCACAAAUUAGAAGUAGCACAUGGCAGCCGGCAGAGCUUUAUCCUAAAGUGGUUCUGGAAAUUGUUGAUUUAGAAGAAAUGACCUCUAAUGACCCUGAUUAUGCAUAUUGUGAAUGAGAGUAUGCUGAUGAUCUGAUUAACAGUUUUUUGGGGGAGUUUGGGAGAGACCGACUACACACUUCCACAAUCAUGUUUUCCUCGGCCAGAUUAUUGGUUGUAUGACUGAUGCAGAUUCCCCACCUGAGACUGUAGUGCCUUACCUUUCCAGCCAUGCUCCCUCAAAAAGACUGCCAUUGUGCUCCCCCUGUCUAUUACUUGUACUUGUUCUAGAAGCCUUUGCACUGUCAGCGUGGUCAUGAACAGGCCACAAUAAUUGACAUAAAAUGGAUUCCUUCACAUCUCCUGGUAAAUUUGUGAAGUUUGACUGCUACUGUACUUUCCCAUUAGUUAGGUUUCCUAUUUUUUGUUACUUUUAUAUGUCUCACUUGAUCCCAUAAGUGUCAAUGAGGACCCAAUAACAGCUUGUUAUGUUGAAAUCACAGUCAAGUAGCAAUUAAACUAACUUCAUGGCAGGGAGAAACAGCAAUUCUCUUAACACCACAUGAACAAUACAUAUUACUUACAUUCAGGGCAGCAGCGUGGCUAAUACAGAUCAGCCACAUUAUUAAAACUGGCUGUAAUGUUGUAAUGUUGUGUCCUGUCAAUGUGAGCAGUGUAACGUCCUUGAGCUUUAAAAUAACACACACGGUUAAGUCUGUCCAAGCAAGCUCUGCUGAUGUUUUUCUGACCUUUGACCUCUAUUGCAGCGAUUCCAAUUAGUAUCAUUAAAGUGUCAGCUCACAUUAAACAUUUCUCGACAUGUUCACCGUUGAUGUCAUUAGAAAAGAAGCAUGUUUGUGUGAAUGCAUGUACUAGCAUGCACCCUCAUACACAGCACCUCCUGCCCCAGUUUGUGAUAAAAUAGACUAUUUGUAAAGUGUUGUUGACUAGUGUGUAAGCUAUGUUUUUCAGCUGUUUAAAAGAAAUUACAGUAGACUGUACAGUAUGUGGUAUUACGAGCCUUUAAAGACCCCAUGAAAUGAAAGGCUCCAUGAAUAAACAUCUUAUAUGUAGAUAUUUUGUCAAAGCAUAUAAGAUGAAGAAGGAUACACACAAACACAAACACACACACACACACACACACACACACAAACUGGGUCAUAACACCUACCUCCUGCCUCUUCAAUUAUUGCUACAUGAUCACAUCACUCUUUUUUCUGUGCUCUUUAUUUUUACCACAGUAGAACAUGGUGUUGUUUGUGGGGUUCUUUAAAGGUUUUAGUUACAUUUUUACCAAGUCAGUUUGUGGUUAGAUGAGUAACUGCUUCAGAUGAUUUGUGGUCCACCUGUUUUUUUCCAUUGGUUAUAUUUGUAACGAAACUCUAAAAUAAAGAUGUGACUGUAUCACAUCAGGUAUAUCCCACUGAAAUGCAGAUUCUUUGUUUUUAAACAUGCAAUAUGUUAUAGUAUUUUUGUAUAUGUGUAUCUUAAUGUUGUAGUAGAAUCUGUUCCUCUCUGUUAAUCUCAAAUAUAUGACACUUCCCAUGCUACCAGGAGUGUGACCUAAGUUAAGGGAGCUGUUAUUUAUGUUUCUAGAUCACUGUGUAUCUGUGUUUACAAGUUGACUUUGAAGAAUGAAGGAUAUGAAAGUGGCUGAAGGUCAAAGACAUGGAAUACAUCAACAAAAAUUACUUCACUGCUUGAGAAAAAAGGUGUGGUGUCUUCUAGAGCUCUGCCUCAGCUGAAAUAAUGUUUGACAGCUUGGUAAGAUGUUAAUGAGUUUUGAGUCAGGACUGUAUAGCCAUGUGUGUUACAAGUGUUAAGUUGUUGAUUUCAAAAGCAAAUGAUCAGUGUUUAGUGUAAUGAAGUGAAUUGGGAAAUUUCUUUCCAUUAAAGGGAAGGGUGCCUUAGAGGAACUUGCAUACUGAUUAAAAAAAGCAAUGGACCUCCAGCAUUUAAAUGCACCAUUCAUUUACAAGUUUGUAUUGAAGUGAAUUAUUCAUAAAUCUGACUAUUUUUAGUGAUGUCAUUUCAUAUUCAAUUUUUCUUGACUGAGUUCUCCAUGUUUUACUCCUCUUUACCAAAGAUCAAAUUCCUGAUGCGUUUUUAGUAGCAGAGAAUGUUUAGUAGUUAAUGUGGACUUUAUCGCAUUAGUUAGGCUCUAAGCGCAACAUUCAUAUUCUGUGGGGUGUUUUUGUUGUGGUGUUGGUUUAUCCAAAUUCUUGCAUGUGCAUUUGUCUCUAUCAAAACAAUAUUACUAGAAUAAAAAAUGCUAUUAUCA